GUGGUGCGGGCGCGGCGGACGCGUCGGUCUGAGAGCAGGCGGAGGGGCUUACCCCUUCCUCCGCCGCCGGAAGUAAACUCUGAGGUUCGGUCCGGGCGCUUCAGCCUGACGCGGGCGAGUGUCAGCGCUUGUCCCCCUCCCUUGGCGCCAUGGACGCGACGGCGCUGGAGCGGGACGCGGUGCAGUUCGCGCGGCUGGCGGUGCAGCGGGACCACGAAGGCCGCUACUCCGAGGCGGUGUUUUACUACAAGGAAGCUGCACAAGCCUUAAUUUAUGCUGAGAUGGCAGGAUCAAGUCUAGAACGUAUCCAAGAAAAAAUUAAUGAGUAUCUGGAGAGAGUUCAAGCUCUGCAUUCGGCAGUUCAGUCAAAGAGUGCUGAUCCUUUGAAAUCAAAACAUCAGUUGGACCUAGAGCGUGCCCACUUCCUGGUUACACAAGCUUUUGAUGAGGAUGAAAAAGGGAAUGUGGACGAUGCUAUAGAAUUGUAUACAGAAGCUGUGGAUCUCUGUCUGAAAACCUCUUAUGAAACUGCUGAUAAGACUCUGCAAAAUAAAUUGAAACAGUUGGCUCGACAGGCGCUAGAUAGAGCAGAAGCAUUGAGUGAGCCUUUGACAAAGCCAUUUUGCAAAGUCAAGUCAACAAAUACUAAAACGAAGACCCCUCCUGUGAGAACACAUUUUCCUCUAGGACCUAAUCCCUUCCUUGAGAAGCCUCAGGCAUUUAUAAGUCCACAGUCAUGUGAUGCGCAAGGACAGAGAUACACAGCAGAAGAAAUAGAAGUGCUCAGGACAACAUCAAAAAUAAAUGGUAUAGAAUAUGUUCCUUUCAUGACUGUUGAUCUGAGGGAACGUUUUGCUUAUCCAAUGCCUUUUUGCGAUAGAUGGGGCAAGCUGCCAUUAUCACCUAAACAAAAAACUACGUUUUCCAAAUGGGUACGGCCAGAAGACCUCACCAACAAUCCUACAAUGAUAUACACUGUAUCCAGUUUUAGUAUAAAGCAGACAAUAGUAUCAGAUUGUUCCUUUGUGGCAUCACUGGCUAUCAGUGCAGCUUAUGAAAGACGAUUCAAUAAGAAGUUGAUUACCAGCAUAAUUUACCCUCAGAAUAAGGAUGGUGAACCAGAAUACAAUCCCUGUGGAAAGUAUAUGGUAAAACUUCACCUCAAUGGUGUCCCAAGAAAGGUUAUAAUUGAUGACCAGUUACCUGUUGAUCAUAAAGGAGAAUUGCUGUGUUCAUAUUCCAACAAUAAAAGUGAAUUAUGGGUGUCUCUGAUAGAGAAGGCAUACAUGAAAGUUAUGGGAGGAUAUGAUUUCCCAGGGUCCAACUCAAAUAUUGAUCUGCAUGCACUGACAGGGUGGAUACCAGAAAGGAUUGCUAUGCACUCAGAUAGCCAGACUUUCAGUAAGGGUAAUUCAUUCAGAAUGCUUUAUCAAAGAUUUCACAAGGGAGACGUCCUCAUCACUGCGUCAACUGGAACGAUGACAGAAGCGGAAGGGGAGAAGUGGGGCCUGGUUCCCACACAUGCAUAUGCGGUCUUGGAUAUUAGAGAGUUCAAGGGCCUGAGAUUUAUCCAGUUGAAAAACCCUUGGAGCCAUUUACGCUGGAAAGGAAGGUAUAGUGAAAAUGAUGUAAAAAACUGGACUCCAGAAUUGCAGAAGUAUUUGAACUUUGAUCCCCGAACAGCUCAGAAAAUAGAUAAUGGAAUAUUUUGGAUUUCCUGGGAUGAUCUCUGCCAAUACUAUGAUGUGAUUUAUUUGAGUUGGAAUCCAGCCCUUUUUAAAGAAUCAACAUGCAUUCACAGUACUUGGGAUGCUAAGCAAGGACCUGUGAAAGAUGCCUAUAGCCUGGCCAACAACCCCCAGUACAAACUGGAGGUGCAGUGUCCACAAGGGGGCGCUGCAGUUUGGGUUUUGCUUAGUAGACACAUAACAGACAAGGAUGAUUUUGCAAAUAAUCGAGAAUUUAUCACAAUGGUUGUGUACAAGACUGAUGGCAAAAAAGUUUAUUACCCAGCUGACCCACCUCCAUAUAUCGAUGGAAUUCGAAUAAACAGCCCUCAUUACUUGACUAAGAUAAAGCUGAUGACACCAGGGACCCACACCUUUACCUUAGUGGUUUCUCAGUAUGAAAAACAGAACACAAUUCAUUACACAGUUCGGGUAUAUUCAGCAUGCAGCUUUACUUUUUCAAAGAUUCCUUCACCCUACACCUUAUCAAAACGGAUUAAUGGAAAGUGGAGUGGUCAAAGUGCUGGAGGAUGUGGAAAUUUUCAGGACACUCACAAAAAUAACCCCAUCUACCAAUUCCAUAUAGAUAAGACCGGACCCUUACUGAUUGAACUAAGAGGACCAAGGCAGUACAGUGUUGGAUUUGAGGUGGUAACAGUUUCUGUAAUGGGAGAUCCUGGUCCUCAUGGCUUUCAGAGGAAAUCUAGUGGUGACUAUAGAUGUGGAUUUUGUUACUUGGAACUAGAAAAUAUCCCUGCUGGGAUCUUCAAUAUCAUCCCCAGUACUUUUUUGCCUAAACAGGAAGGACCAUUUUUCUUAGACUUUAAUAGUAUUGUCCCCAUCAAGAUAACACAACUUCAGUGACAGAAAUCUCAGCUACUACUGGAUUAUAUACUUACCAAUCAUCAGCUCUUCAAAGGAGACACAUCAGGAUGAUGAACAAUCGGAAUGGAAUUAAAUCAAAAAAUGUCACAGUGGAUCUGGUGCUUGUUGUGGUGUUUGGUAAGAAGUGUACAUAGUCAGAAUUACCUUAAUCACCUAGAAGUACUGUUUACAUGGUUUUGUGUAUAUAGAAUUGGCUUACAUUUAGGAGCCAACUUUGCAGUUUAAAAAAAGUGCAUAUGAUUACAGAUUAGACUCAGUCAUCACUGUGAGAUGCUUUUGCUAACAGGACAAGAGCAUAGAGACCAGAUGAGGAAAAAGAGGGCCACAGACCCAGUGAGUGGACGAGCAGGCUGUUUUAAUAUCCUGAAAUAGCCACAUCGUUUCCUUUUAAAAAAGCAUGUAAAUUAAACCUGUUUGCGUUGACCCUAUCUCUUAGGCAGCUAAUUACCAAAUGAAUCAUGGUACUAUAAUUUGAAUUUUUCAUUAUGUCUUUAAAUGUUUAUUGCCCAGAUGUUAUGAAAAUCAAGUUUUUAAAAGUAUUAAUUAGCUUAGCAUGAAGAUGCUCAGGCUUAAGAAUGGAGGUUGUUAAUGUUAGAUGCCUAUCUUCCAUCUUAGAACUGAGGUACAUUUAAUUUAAUGUCGGGUUUUAAUUUUUAGCAGUUUGGUAAGUAAUCUGAGACUGAAGAGGUUACAAUUUAGCGUGUAGAGUUUUUUAAUUGCUCUGUAGUCAGUGCUCUUGUAACAGCAAUUUGAAUUUGAAGAGUCUAAAAAUUUAGGAUGUAAUGAUUGGGUUAUAUAGCAUUCAUAAAAAUGAAUCGCCAAGCUUUCCAAGUUGGGCCUGGCAGAAUGGCUCCCGCAAAGAAGGGUGGCGAGAAGAAGGGCCAUUCCGCCAUCAAACGAGGUGGUGACCUGGGAAUACACCAUCAGCAUUCACAAGUGCAUCCAUGGAGUGGGCUUUAAGAAACAUGCCCCUCGGGCACUCAAAUCCGGAAAUUCGCCAUGAAGGAGAUGGGAACUCCAGAUGUGCACAUUGAUAUCAGGCUCAACAAAGCUGUCUGGGCCAAAGGAAUAAGGACUGUUCCAUAUCAUAUCUGUGUUUGUUUGUCCAGAAAACUUAAUGAGGAUGAGGAUUCGCCAAACAAGCUGUACACUUUGGUAACCUAUGUCCCUGUUACCACAUUCAAAAAUCUACAGUGUGGAUGAGAACUAACUGCUGAGACUCAAAUAAAGUUAUAAAACUGCAA